AUGCUUAAAAUAUUUAAGAACGCAUUUUCAAAAAAUAAGAAAUCUCUUACUUAAUCAUUUUAGUCAGAACAACCAGAACUUCCUCCUAUUCACAAAGCUUAAACCUAAGACUUUUAAUUAAUAGAUGAAAAAUGUAUGGAAACAAUUGAAGAAACAUAAAAAUAAAAAUAAAGAAGCCAAUCUUUUGAGGCUAAAGAAGAACCAAUCAAAUAAUAGGAGGAAUUUAUGGAUUAUGUAGUCCAAGAAGAUGAUUCAUUUUUUGGAAUUGCACUUAAGUUUAGUGUCAAUGAAGGAUACUUGAUGUGGAUCAAUAAUCUAUCUAGUGAUAUGAUUUUUAAAAAUUAGAUUUUAAAAGUGCCAAUAACAAAUCAACCUCGUUUCUCCAUAGUAAAGCUUCCUGAUUAGAAUAAACAACAAGAAAAUAUCUGGGAACAAGAAAAGUUUAGUUAGAAAUUUGAAGUUAUUUAUUGCAAUAACAAAUAAAAUUCUAAUGGAACUUUAACCUUAACAAGUGACAUAGUACUGUUUGAUCCAUGCUAAUAAGAGUAGAUUUAAGAUAAAUAAAACAAAGUUCGAAUGAAUGCUUGCAUUUCAAUGAUUGAUAUCAAUGAAGCUGUUACUUAUGUUCUAUAAAAUUAAAAUGGAUGCUUAGAUUAUAUUGUACAAAUCCUAUUGUCAGGAAUAGGCAAACCCCAAUUUGAAAAAAUGUAUUCGAAAUAAUUAAAGAAAUAUAAGAAAUAAAAAAAGAGCAUUGCCACAGUAUUCUUCAGACAUGCAGAAAGAGACAGAGAUGGCAAACUGUACUCAGAAGAAAUCAAAAAGGCCAAUUGCGCAUUUAUUGCAAAAUUCAUAAAUGAAUCUUGUACAGGAUACACUGAGCAAUCGAAAUUAACAAAAUUACCAUACAUUGAUUUGAUUGAGGAUUCUUAACAGAAAAAACAGCUAUAGACAGAUGAAAUUUAGGAUGUCAUUGGAGAAAGAAUGGGAAAACUAUGGGCUUGUUUAGAGUAUGUUCCUGUUCUAAAAGAAGCCUCUAAUUGUUUCACCAACACUACCUACAAGCAAAUAAUUGAAUAAAUCCCAGCAGUCUAUCGUUUAGCUGAAUGGGUUAAAUUGUAUAACAUCGAUUACGAUGGAUCCAGUUAUUUAAAUAUGCUCUAUGAAAUCAAGAAUAAAUCUCCAAUAAUAAUUAUUAUUAAGGAUUUCGAUAGCUUGAUAUUUGGAGCCUAUGUUUCAACAGAAGUGCAAUAAUAUAGUUGUGGAUUCAAAGGCAAUGGAGAAACCUUUUUAUUUAAUUAUGAUUAGGAGAAAAAUGAAAUCAAACCAUAUUUUUGGACAGAAAAAAACAGAGACUUCAUUUAUUGUGAUGAAACAGGAUUAGGAAUUGGUUGUGGGGAUAAAUUUGGCUUAUUCAUUGAUUAAAGCUUAACAUUUGGAUAUUCAAAUCCAUGUGAGACUUUUGAAAACAUAAGGUUUACUAAAUCAGAAAAGUUUAAAAUCAUGCAUCUUGAAGUUUGGGCCAUUUUGCAAUAAUGA